CGCUUAUCGCAAUCUCCGCUUUUGGAUGUGUGGGCUCAAUGGUUUUCUCGUAAGAUUAUCGAAUUAUCAUGCUUAAUUAUAGAAUAUUAUCGCACUGAAUUGAUUUCUUAUAUCUUUAAUAGUUAUGCUCGAAUUUUAAAAUAUGCUGCCUCAACAGAGUUCAUACCUAAAUAUUCUUAUAAAUUUGACAACUUCCAUAAGAAGUACGGCACACCAUUUAACGCAUUACUUGCGCAGUUUAUUUAUUGUUCAAUUUUUCUUCUCCUCUUUUUCGAUCCAACAAAAGAUCUUUUUGAUUUUGUUGCUGAGACAUCACAAAUUAUUGCCUUGAUGUUUCACGUAGCUUCCGCGAUUUGUUUAUUUAUUUUAAGAAAAGAUCCUUCAAAUUUCCAAUUACCUAAAUGGAUUAUUGUAAUUUAUCUUAUAUUCGUAAUUUUAAUUGUCAGCACAUCAUUUUUCCCGCCUGGGCCUGGCUCAAUGGAUCAUUAUAUACUGUAUGUGUUGCCGUAUGUGUUUGCUAUGGCUGCUACACUUUUAGGUGGAAUAAUUUGGAAAUUUCGCAAUUAUUCGGAAAAUUUGGAAGAUUCGGAAAUCACAGCUGAAAAUGCAUAUUUUAAUAAUUUCUGA